AUGCGAGUACACAAAGAAAUAUCCACAUUCUCAACAGUAUAUAAUAUCACCUUAUUAGCUUUGAAAGUAGCAAUACUAUGUAUUCAGAUGCUACUAGGGUUCAACAAAAGUGAGGGACACAAAAGGGAUCCCACCCACAAUGAAAGAGCAAGUUUUAAGGACAAGGUACUUGAUGCAAAAGAUUUCAGCGAAAUCGUAACAGCUUCUGGUUAUAGAGCUAGAGAACAUGUGGUUACUACGAGAGAUGGAUAUUUACUUGUUGUACAUAAAUUAGAAAAGGAGAAUCACCCUAUAUCAAACACUUACAACCCAAAGACUGUUGUAUACAUGCAUCAUGGAUUGUUAACGAACUCUGAACUAUGGGUUCUCGGGUCAAAAAAAGAGAAAACACUACCCUAUUUGCUUGUUGAUGCAGGUUAUGAAGUAUACCUAGGGAACAACAGGGGAAACAAGUAUUCGAGAAAGCAUUUGAAAUUAUCAGCGUCAGAUCCCCAAUUUUGGGAUUUUUCUUUGGAUGAAUUUUCAUACUUUGAUAUACCUGACACCAUUGAGUAUAUUCAAAAUUUGUACAGAUACAAGGAGCGCGCCAGUGCUUUCGGGAUUAGUGGAAUGGGCUCCGAAAGGUUAUUGAUUUCUGAUGAGACUGGCUCUUUAACCCCCAAUUCGUUUCUGAACUCCUCUUCAACAUUGGGGAACUAUCAAACACCAGAUACUAUUGAGAUUGUAUAUAUUGGGUUUUCGCAGGGCUGUUCUCAAUUGAUAGCAAGUCUAAGUCUCUAUCCAGAGCUCAACUCCAAAAUCAAGAUAUUUAUCGGUUUAUCGCCGGCCAUAAUACCACUGAAUUUGAAUCACCCAAUUUUCAAAUUGAUUGUCAACCAAACAGCAGCUGAUAAUUCAUUCCUAUACAGCUUAUUUGGUCGUCGUGCUAUAAUGCCAAGUGUUUCAUUCUGGUCCACGGCAUUUGGUGCCAAGUUUUAUGAAAGAAUUGUUGAUAGAUCGCUUACUUUAUUAUUUGGCUGGACAGGGGUGAACAUAAGCAAAGAGCAAAAACAGUUGGGAUAUCCUCAUAUGUUUUCAAACUCAUCGGUAAAGUCCCUAUUACACUGGUUUCAGAUCAUCAAAGCUGGCAGGUUUCAAAUGUUUGAUGAGACAUGUUCGUGUGGACUAACCAAAUUGAGUUCCUUGUCAAGUAAAUCAAAAGAAAUAGGAAAUAGAGUGACUCCAUUUCCAAUAACUGACCACUUGAAUGUUCCCAUGCAUUUGUUUUAUGGAGACUCGGACAUAUUGGUCGAUAUUGAAAAGACAAAGUCUUUAAUCGUUGACAAUAACCCCCGGAUGAGAGAUAAAUUAAGGGUUGAGUUGUGCAACAACUACGAGCAUAUGGAUACCUUGUGGGGUGACCGUGUUUAUGAGGAUGUCUUUCAAAAGAUUUUGAUCGAGUUGGAAAAUAUGAAUCAAUUUGACAAGUUGAAAUCUAGUAUGUAA